AUGGCUCUAAACAGACACCUCUCCCUUCAGGGACUCUGUUUCCUCCUCCUCAGCACUGUGUUGAGGGGUCAAGCUCUGGAGCUGAGGCUGAAGGAUGGAGGCCACCGCUGUGAGGGGAGAGUGGAAGUGAAGCACCAGGGAAAAUGGGGCACAGUGAAUGAUUAUCAAUGGAGCUUGAUGUCCGCAGCUGUGGUGUGCAAGCUACUGGAGUGUGGAGCUGCUGUUGAUGCUCCUGGAGGGGCUUAUUUUGGGCCAGCAGUUGGCCCCAUUUGGUUUUCCUCUGUUUCCUGCAAAGGGACAGAGUCAUCCCUCUUUGACUGUACACAUUCUGGUAUCAAAUCGUAUCAUAAUGAUGGCUUUUCCCACAACUGGGAUGCUGGAGCAGUCUGCUCAGGAUUUGUGCGUCUGGCUGAAGGAAAUGGACACUGCUCAGGGCGAGUAGAAGUGCAUUCUGGAGGAGGCUGGACCCCAGUGUCUGAUGGGAAUUUUACACUCCCCACUGCCCAGGUCAUCUGUGCAGAGCUGGGAUGCGGCAAGGCAGUGUCUGUCCUGGGACACAGGCCCUUCGGAGCAUCAGAGGGCAGGGUCUGGGCUGAAGAGUUCAGGUGUGAAGGGGAGGAGCCUGAGCUCUUGUCCUGCCCCAGAGUGCCCUGUCCAGGAGGCACUUGUCAUCACAGUGGAGCUGUUCACCUUGUCUGUUCAGCAUACACGGAAGUUCGGCUCAUAAAAAAUGGCACCAAUCAGUGUGAGGGGCAAGUGGAGAUGAAUAUUUCUGGACGAUGGAGAGCACUCUGUGCCUCCCAGUGGAGUCUGGCCAAUGCCAAUGUUGUCUGUCGUCAGCUCGGCUGUGGAGUUGCCAUCUCUACCCCCAGAGGACCAUAUUCUGUGGAAGGAAGUGAUCAGAUAUGGAAAGCCCAAUUUCAUUGUUCUGGGGCUGAGUCCUUCUUGUGGAGUUGCCCUGUGACUGCCCUGGGUGCUCCUGACUGUACCCAUGGAAACACAGCCUCUGUGAUCUGCUCAG